GAUAUUAUCCCCUGCGCAGCGUGACACUAACUGCGCUUUUAUUCCUCUGUCGUGCUAUUACGUUUGAAGUGAAGGCGAAAUCUAAUACGCUUAAGCGCGCGACCACGUAUAUCGCUCGUAUUGGCACAGAGCGCGUGGAGCAGUGGACACGUGGUGGUGAACGGGGUGUUGACUCUCUGCGUGCAGCGCGUGCUGCAGCCGACAGUCCACAUUGCUGCGUCUCGCCCGCUGCAGCAGCACCAAGCGCACAGUGCCAGUGUACAUCUUCAUUUUAUGGCUCACUAGAAGCUCCGUGGGACAAGAGAUCCUCACAAAUUUCGCCUUCGCGCUUGGCAUGGCUUUCCACUCCGCAGAUGGAUCGUCUGGAAAAGACGAUGGAAGAGCUCAUUUAAAGCAGUGAACAGUGCACUGGCAGCAUCAGCCCAACGUUGCGUACACCUUUCUUGUCUUUAGGGCGAAGGAUGGCUUUUUGCGCCUGUGGCUCCUGCAGCUGAGCGCAUUCAGGAGAGGCAUGGAGACCCUGGAUGAGAACGCCACGCUGUUUGGAGCGAACGGGAGCGAAGGCGCAUGGAGCGCGCACAGUGUGGAGUACAAGGCGGCCAGUGUGCUGCUGGUGCUGUUCGUGUGCGGCCUGGGCAUCGUGGGAAACGCCAUGGUCAUUCUGGUCGUGCUGACCACCAAGCACAUGCGCACGCCUACCAACUGCUACCUGGUGAGCCUGGCCGUGGCCGACCUGAUCGUGCUGACCGCGGCCGGCCUGCCCAACAUUACGGAGAGCCUGUUCAGCCAGUGGGUGUACGGCUACGGCGGCUGCCUGUCCAUCACCUACUUGCAGUACGUGGGCAUCAACGCGUCCUCGUGCUCCAUCACGGCCUUCACCGUGGAGCGCUACAUCGCCAUCUGCCAUCCGAUCCGCGCGCAGUCCCUGUGCACGCUCUCGCGCGCCAAGAAGAUCAUUGCGCUCGUGUGGGCUUUCACCGGCCUCUACUGCGUCAUGUGGUUCUGCCUGGCCGACCUGGAGAAGCAGCAGUACGGCAACACCACCGUCAUCUCGUGCGCCUACAAGGUGUCCAGGGAGCAAUACCUGCCCAUCUAUUUCACUGACUUCGCGCUCUUCUACGUGUUGCCGUUGCUGCUGGCCACCGUCCUGUACGGCCUCAUCGCCAGGAUCCUGUUCCUCAACCCGCUGCCCUCAGACCCCAAAGAGAACGCCAAAACGUGGAGGAAAAGCUCGGGCGUAGGGAAAACAAAGCACGGAGCCAAAAGCUCCUCCUUCAGUACUACAGCGACCUCCAGAAGACAGGUGACAAAGAUGCUGGCAGUAGUUGUGAUCCUUUUUGCAUUGCUGUGGAUGCCCUAUCGCACGCUGGUGGUGGUCAACUCCUUCCUGAAGACACCCUACGUGGAUACCUGGUUUUUGCUUUUCUGUCGGCUCUGCAUCUACCUGAACAGCGCCAUCAAUCCUAUCAUCUACAACGCGAUGUCUCAAAAGUUCCGCGCUGCUUUCCGCAAGCUGUGCCAUUGCGGGCCCCAGCGCUCUGAGAAGCCUCCCACGUACAGUUUGGCACUGACUUACAGUGUGAUCAAGGACACCUCUAAUGGAGAAAGCCCAGAUCACUUCACUACAGAGAUGGAAGAACUGCCUGGGGCUACAGAGGAAUUCCUGCCUGGAAAGAAAAGGCUUUCCUUCAAAGAGCCCUCACUGUGUAAAAGCACGCUGGCUGAAGCCUAGCUCCGUGAGGUUGGAGAGAGGGGGACAUGAGUCACUUGGUAAAAAUGUACACAGAUACAUGGAUUCACAAUUGCAAACUACACUCUUAAAAAUAAAGGUGCCAAAAAGUGUUUGGAGUGAUACCAUGGAAGAACGAUUGGUUCUCUCGAGAACCAUUAAGUGGAUAGUUCCUUAGGAAUCAGUUUUGUAAAUGAGAUGUAAAAGUGUGAAUCUUUACUUUGUGUAAAGGUUCUAUACCCAUUAAAGCUUUUAAGCCAAGAACAAGAUAUUAUAGGCAUUUAGAAUGCUAUUGCAUUCUACAUGUUGAGAUAUCAGUCUUUGAAAACAGCAAAGCUGAGGUCUUAAUGGGUUAUGAUGAUUAUGGAAAUUUCACAGCGGUGGUCGUGAAGCUCUGAAUUAGAUCACAGUAGACUGAAGAUGAUGAAGUGAGUGCUGAGGCUGAGUGUGCACACAGGCAAGCAUUACCUCUCCAAUUGUCCUGCCUAGAAGAUUUACAACUCUGUUCAAAGUGCAGCCUACGUGGGUUUCUGUAGCUUCUUCACAGUAUAUUACUGCUAAAGCUUCAUCCCUGAGAGACCUGUUACAAUGAUGGUGUUCACGUUCACAUUAUACAGAGAUGUCAGAGACCUGUUUGCUGCAGUCACUGUGGGCAGUCGUGGGCUGGAGGUUAGGGAACCAGCCCAGUGACCGGACCCAGGUCGCUGGUUCGAUCCCCUCGGCUGACAAUCCAGGACUGAAGUGCCCUUAAGCAAGGCAUCUAACCCCCAAUUGCU